AAAGAUUCAUACAUAAAUCUUUAACACAUAACUCUUUUUCUGUUUAAUACAAAUGGCGACGAUAGAGGACAGUCCAACGUUUUUCUCUGCGGCAACUCCGGCGGCGUUUGAGAUAGGCAGCCUUCCGGCAACCGAGAUACCGGUGGAUCCGUUGGAAAAUGAUUCAACUGCACCGCCAAAACCGGUGAUAAUCACCUCUCCAACAGUCGCCGGAACUUAUCCCGUCGUCUUAUUCUUCCAUGGCUUUUAUCUUCGCAACUACUUCUACUCUGACGUUCUUAACCACGUCGCUUCUCAUGGCUACAUUCUUGUAGCCCCACAGCUGUGCAAAUUAUUGCCACCCGGAGGACAAGUGGAAGUGGACGAUGCUGGAAGUGUGAUAAAUUGGGCAUCGGAAAACCUCAAAGCUCACCUACCAACUUCGGUAAAAGCUAAUGGCAAAUACACCUCACUCGUGGGCCACAGCCGCGGUGGGAAAACCGCGUUUGCGGUUGCGUUAGGCCAUGCUGCAACAUUAGACCCAUCCAUUACGUUUUCGGCUCUAAUAGGAAUCGAUCCAGUCGCAGGAACCAACAAAUACCUUAGAACCGAUCCGCAUAUCUUAACGUAUAAACCGGAAUCGUUCGAGCUUGACAUACCGGUUGCAGUGGUGGGAACCGGACUCGGACCAAAGUGGAACAACGUGAUGCCACCAUGCGCACCAACGGACUUAAACCAUGAGGAGUUUUACAAAGAGUGUAAGGCGACGAAAGCCCAUUUCGUGGCUGCGGAUUACGGACAUAUGGAUAUGUUGGACGAUGAUUUGCCCGGUUUUGUCGGGUUUAUGGCCGGUUGUAUGUGUAAGAAUGGGCAAAGAAAAAAGUCUGAGAUGAGGAGUUUUGUGGGAGGAAUUGUGGUUGUGUUCCUCAAGUAUAGUUUGUUGGGUGAAAAAUCGGAGAUUCGAUUGAUUGUGAAGGAUCCUUCCGUUUCUCCGGCGAGGAUUGAUCCUUCGCCGGAGUUGGAAGAAGCGUCUGGUAUCUUUGUCUAGAUUUGUGUUAUGUACUAUAUAUUAUCAGUGGGUUGUUAAAUAUUUAAUAAACGUAUCAAUGUUUU